AUGAAAGCCAAGACACACCUUACACUUCAGAGAUCAAAGAACCCCUACCGUAAAAGAAAAAUAACAAGCCGUGUGACAUUAAAUCCUAUCAAAAGUCCUUUUAAACAAACGCCACUGAAGUCACCUUACAAAUCAUAUCCCACCAAAAGUUCCUUCAAACAAACGCCACUGAAGUCACCUUACAAAUCACCUCUAUAUAAAGCAUCGCCAGCGAACAAGAAAAGAAAGGUUGGAUCAUCGAGACGCCUAUUCCAGGAUAGUUGUUGUGCGUCAGACAAUCAAAACAGUUAUUUACAGUUACCAACUGUGACAACACAUACAGGGCAAAACAAUGUGAAUACGGAAAAUGAGAUAUUCACAAUCAAUGACGUGGCCAGUAACAACGACCUUACAGAAUGUGUGGUUAUUCAAACAGACUCCCGCGAAAGGAAAUGUGAAUUAAUGUCCUCUUUUCAAGAAAUACCACCUGAAUAUACAGCCUAUCCACUCACACAUCUAAAUGCCAAUGACGAAAAUAACACUCCUAAAUCAAACUGUCAAAAUACCGAAAAGAAUGAACUUUUAAAAAAUGAACAAAAAAUUGAAGAGAUGAAACAAAUACUGCCAGAAGUUAUGAAUGAAUUGGCCAGUCAUGGUAACCUUGACGAAUCUAUUCUGUUAUUUUUUCGUCAAGUUAAAAAUCAUAAAUUUCCACUUACUAACAUUGCUUUCCAGCUCUGGUUAGAGGUAGUCAAGUGGCAUGAAAACAAAUCAACAACAAAUAUGAGGUACACAGACAUCACAAAAAUGUUUUGGAAACUUGGAUGGAGAGCUUUCGGAGAAAGAUUCAUCAACUUCAUGGGAGGGUUCAAGAGCCAUGGAAAUCUUAUACAAAGAACGGACCAACCUGGUGAAUAUAGCCCAGAGAACUCAGAGGUGAAUUUUGCAGUCCCUGAUAUUAAAGUUCUUCGACAUUUUGAUCUGUCAAAUGUAGGUGAAGAAAGGCGGCCUGGUAUAUACAACGACAUGAUGACCUUCUUGGGUUCAUCAAUGGAACAUCAGUCUACUUGUUUAACAUUCGAUGGUAAGAAAUUGAAGAUGGGCCUUACCGAAGAUUCAGGUGAUGUUGAUCUGCUUGGACACGAAACUGAUAAAACCUUAUCAGAGAAAAAAAAUUGUUUAACAGAACAUAUUCAAGAACUAAAUGAUAUGCAAGCGAAACUAACUACGUUUGAAACUGAUGUUUCAAGUAUUGACGAUCUACCUAACGAUUCUAAAACUGAUGUUUUAAACCUUCUGAUCAAAACUAUAAAGAGACUCUCCACUGAUAUAUUUCAAGUACGAGAAAUACGCAGGAAAAAAGAAUACUACGAAUUUCUUAACCUAGCAUGUGAUGUGCUCGAAGAAAUAGAAGAGAUAGUCGCAUUCCUGAACAACCACAGCUUUGUGAGUUCCAACACAACAAACAUUGAAAAUCACCCAGAUUAUGUCGCAAUACCCAAACAGAAAGAAGACAUUAAAAGGCAUGAACAAAAUACAAGGCUUUUAAACCAAAGGACACCAGAAUGGUUAGAACUAAGAAAAGCAGCGAAAGUAACCGGAAGUACCUUGUUUGCUGCUCUAGGUGGAGAAGGUCUUAAACGGCAACAGGAUCACUUCGAUAAAGUAAUAUGUGGUGUUCCAGAACUUGAACGGUCAGAAGAACAAAAGAAGGCCAUGAAUCACGGUGUUAUAAAUGAAAUAAAUGCCAUAGCGACAGUUGUUGGGAAGGUAUUGCCUGUCUUUGAACCUGAUCUUAAAUUCUAUGAAGAAGGUUGCUCUACCGUUUUGACUGAAGAUAGUGAAAUAUUCAUGGUUGUGUCCCCCGAUGGAAGUUUACGUAUGAAUGCCUCUUUUGAAACAACUAAAGUAGCCAUUGAAAUUAAGUGUCCAUACUACAGUAUCCACUCAAGAUUUCCUCAUAGAUAUCUCCUACAGUGUCUUUCUGAAAUCGAGGUAUUAGAUGUUCCCUAUCUUUUAUUCGUUAGUUGGACACCUGAGGAAACCACAGUUUUCUCAGUACUUAGAGAUCAACCACUCUUCCAAGAUGCUAUGAAGCUGGCAUUGAAGAUGUAUGGAGAAGAAAAUGUUAAAAAACCAACAAAGUACAGUGAAGAGCAGAAGGAAUUAAAAAAGAAAAUUGAAGAAAGAAGCAAGAGUGUCCAAAUGAUUGGACGUUUCAAAUCCAUAGUUCAUUCAAACACUGAGCCGGACAUGGAACCUUUUAAGUCAAGAAGUAUAUCAGUUCAGAAAUUAGUUGCUACUAUUCAUGAAGUAAAAAUUCUCACUGAAAAUCACUACGAAAUAAACAGAGAGCGGGCUUCUGAAGCAGUUGUAUACUUACUGUGUGAUCUUGACAGAAGUUGGGACAAAGAACGUGUUAAGUGGGCACCGGUAGCUUGGUUUCCCAAGGGUUACAGUUUAACCACAAAGACCAUAAGAGACAUCACAGAGGAGGUACAUACAUGUGCACACAACAAUGGAAUUCAUGUCCCUUGUUCUUCAUUUGAUGGUCAAUGGCAUGGCAUUGUUAUUCGCUCAACGGAUAAUAAGCCGCUGACAAUUUUACAGCUGCAAAAGGAUGUUUGGAACUCCGUAAUCAAAAUGUCAAAAUGUGACAUAAUCUCAGAGGUAAGAAAGUUAAAUCGGACUCCUACUUGGAACAGAAUAGAAGUUUCUAAUGGCAACGAAUCCAGCCAUGAACCUAAAAAGCAUAUAAUAGUAGCAACUUAUCAAAAGAUUUUCCCACAAUAUCGGAAAAAUCAAACUUCUCGGAUAGACGAGGACAAAAAGAAACAACAAGCCUCUACUGCUACCGAUAUUGAACCUCAACCCUCAUUAGCAGAAUCGAUUCCACAACAUGUUGCUGACACAAGUGAUACAUCUUGUGAUGUAUUGAAGAUGACUUUGAUAGAAGAAAGGGAAGAAUUUGAAGCCUUUAGGUCAAACAUAAGAGAAGACUUAUGGGCCGAAAAAAUGAUCGAAGACCAAGAUUGUUCUACAGUUGAACUUCAAAUAGACAAUGCAGCAACAUCCAGCAGAAGUGAGACAUUGACUAGAAGCAACGAAACAUGUUCGAAUGAAAACAAAAGUAUAGCUGAGAACAUCCCUUUACCAAUUUUAACUUUGCAAGAAGAUGACAUGUCUUGCAUUCUGUCAAUGUUUAAGACGACAAAAGACAGCAACAAAAAUUUCAAAUGGGACAAUGUAACAUCAUCAGAUCUUUUGGCGAAGUUUAAGUCACUAAACGAACUGAAAACAUUUCUAGACAUAGAGUUAAAAGUCAUUGUCCGAUACUUAAGAAAGACAAAGGGUGUUAAAAUCAAAGAAUCAGUUACAAAGAAAACAAAGAUUGCAGAAUUGUCAAAACUGUUUGGGCUUGAUGACGUAAUUGGGAAUUCUUGUGAGAAUAGACGAGUUAUCAAGCGUAGAGUUGACAGCUUAGCAAGUCUUGCUUUGAAAGUUAUCACGAAGACACACUCAAAAUACGAACUAAGUGUUUGGUUUUCAGAAAAUCAAUGGCAAGAAAAGUAUCAGACUUGGGAUAUGGAUAUAAAGGAUGUUACAAUCAAUGGAAACAAAUGCACUUGGUUUUAUAAACCUGACUAUAGUAAAACAAGAAAACAGUUCGAAGUUCGCUGCAUAGAUUCAACACAUCUGUUGACCCGGUCAAGGCAAAAGAGUUGUCGCGGAGGACUAGAUGGUUAUUCGAAUGAGCCAUGGCGGGCAGUAGCGGCAACAAAGAAGACGUUACUUACAAAAAUCAUGGUUGAUGAGGUUAUCGAUCCAAUGUCGGUCCAAAUGGCAAAAACGCAUUUCUCUGAGGAAGUGGAGAGUUUGAUGCGAUGUAACAAUGAUAUAGGAUGUGCAGAUCUUUGCAGAGAUAUAAGGAACUGGUGGCAAUCAGAGGACUGUCCUGGAAUCCCUGCAAACGAACGAAUCAAACUGCGAGAAGGUCUUAGAAAUCGCUUGUUAAAUUUUGCAAAUUUUUCAAAAUUUCCCCCAGCAACAGUUGCCAUGAAUGGUUGGCCUCUACAGCUAUGGGAGGCAAUGCUGGCAAACAUUGACGCAAAAGCAUUGCUUUAUGGACUUUGUCAUAGGGGUACAUAUAAUGUUCGUUCCUUCAGUAGCAUGAUGGGCGAAACAUUUUUCUCUGAGUUAGUUCUUCAUGAUAAGGCUGGAAAAGGAGCUGUCACAUCAAAGGAGUUUGGUCGGUUCAUAGGUGCAACUGUCGAAAAGGUCCAAGCUCGGCUCGAUCCUAAGAGAACCUUUGCCUACCGAACCAGUAAAAACAAUGUCUAUGACCUGGUGGAAGAAUGCGAGACAUUUCUGGGCGAGGCUGAUGUGAAAAAUUGCAUACCCUGUGUUGCAGACAAAUCCCUUCUUCCAAAGAAAAUCAUUCCCGAGGACCAUUCGUUUGAUAAGGCAGGGAGAAAAAGGCUGAAAGGACGUAGCAAACCCGAAACAGUGUCAUCUUCGAGGAAUGCUGUACAAAGAGGUGCGCUUGGUGUUCGAUGGGAACGUGCACGCAGAAAUGAGGCAAAGAUGCUACCUACAGACAGAAUGGGUAUUGAUGGCAAUUAGAUAAAAGACAUUGACAUACGUUAAUAUAUCAAACUUUCUAUAUCAAAGAUGUGAUUAUCUAGUGUAUAAUUUCUUUCAAUGCAUUACAUUUUUUAUUUGUCAUUUUACUAUUUCACUUCUGUUCAGAAAGUGCAUUUAAAUAGAAAGUGAAUAUUUUGAGUUUAAGUGAAGAAAGUUUGAUUAGAAAUGUACAUGUUUACUGUUUCAUUGUGUUUAAGUGUCGAAAAAGUGAUUCCUAACAUAAUUAUUCAUUCCUACAAGAAAUGUCUAUUUUAUGUUUAUUUUUUUCCGAUCGACGACUUAAUAUGUAAUUGCGAAAUGUAUAAGAUAAUACACC